GUUUCCCGGGGGAGCGGGGCCGGGUACUCCCGUACCCGCUGCCAUGGCCGCACGGCUGCUCUGGCGGGAGUCGAGGCGGCUGCUGGCCGGGGCCGGGGCCGGGGCCGGGGCCGGGGCCGGGGCCGGGGCCGGGGCCGGGGCCGGGGCCGGGGCCGGACUCAGGCUCAGGCUCAGGCUCAGGCUCAGCACCGCGCCGAGCCGCGAGAAGAAGCGGUGGCUGCGAGCCUACCUUGAGCAGCAGCGGCUGGAGGCGCCCCCUCAGCGGCGGUCGGAGAAGCCCAACUGGGAUUACCAUGCAGAGAUACAGGCUUUUAGCCACCGGCUGCAUGAAAACUUUUCUUUUGAUCUCCUCAAGACUGCAUUUGUUAAUUCUUGUUAUAUUGAAAGCGAAGAGGCAAAACGGCGAGAACUUGGGAUAGAGAAAGAAAUGGUUGCUCUUAAUCUACAAGACAAUAGCAAACUCGCUGAGCAAGGGAUGUCUUUUUCGCGCUCUUACCUGACGCAGUGUUUCGAAGGUGCCUACCCAGAUUUACCUGCAAAGGGGGUAGGAGCACUUGUUGAUUUUCUUACCAGUCAGGAACUUGUUUCUUAUGUGGCUCAAAACCUGUCUGUACAGGACCUGACACUUUGCAGAGAGUUUCCCGUCCCACCAGAUGUGCUACGGAGGACGUUCUUUGCUGUGAUAGGAGCCUUGCUCGACAGCAGCGGGCCUGAGAAAACGGGGAUCUUUGUCAGGGAUUUUUUCAUUCCCCAGCUGAUUGGAAAAGACCUGUUUGAGAUCUGGGAAGUUGUAAAUCCUAUGGGCUUACUAGUGGAAGAACUGACCAAGAGGAAUAUCUCUUCUCCAGAACCAAGAAUUACCAGGCAGUUGGGAGUCAGCACAGUUCUGCCACUGUACUUUGUUGGGUUGUACUGCGAUAAGAAGAUUAUAGCUGAAGGUCCUGGAGAAACGCUGCUUGCUGCAGAGGAAGAAGCUGCCCGCGUGGCACUGCGGAAGCUCUAUGGGUAUCCAGAGAACAGGAGACCUUGGGAUUACUCAAAAGCCAAACAAGGGUUGGCAGCUGAGAAGGCUGUCAGCAGUAACUAGAUAAUAAAAGAUGUUUCUGGUUUCUCUUAAGAAUUAGUGUCUUCCAUGCUGAGUAUAGAUGUAUUUAGGAAAGCAAAAUGUCGUUUGGUUUUCUGAUCUUAAGUGCUUGAAAUUUUAAAAUCAAAUACGGUAUUAAAAUAAAAAGUCUUUUACUUUUGCACAAAGUUUAAUAUUUGCUCAUUUUCCUAAGCAUAACAAAAGUCUCCUUUUUCUGAAUUUUUGUCUUUUGGCUGGGAAGUGUUUCCAUACAUCACAGGAGGCUGGUUUUAGUGAUAUUUAAUAAUGUGUGACGAAGUCUCACUGUAUAGAAAAAGGUUUUGUAAGGGGUUCCCUGGAGAUUGUUUUGAGGGUAUCGUUAAUGAGUUGAAUUACGUGUGCAACAUCAGUCUUUGGAUAUAAUCUGGAUUCAUUUGUCCUUGACCUUAAGAAAACAUGACAUACGAUGUCAAUGAUAUUGAUGCUGGUGUUGGUCAAAUUUAAAAAAAUGCAAAUGGCGCUUUUGAGGUCUCGCUGCUUGCAUACAGAUUUUAUUUGCCAGACACAUUGGUUUCUAUUGUUGAAGCGUGCUCUGAAAAAGGGUGUAUUUUUAAUUUUAAAUUUUGCAAAAAGCAAAAUAAGGAUCAUGAAGGCCUGAACUCAAAGAAAUUGGAGAACAUCGUUUAAUGCUAGGCUAAUCGAUAAGCCUUCUCUUUCUCUUCUUUUUUUUUCUUUUUUUUUUUUUUUGGGUACUUUUCC